AUGCGGCGGCAGGAGCAGCAGACGUUGCAGCUGGAACAGUUGCAGCAGGAGCAGCUGCAGCCUCAGGAGAAGCUGCAGCAGGAGCAGUUGCAGCCGCCGGAGCUGCAGCCGUUGCAUCAGGAGCAGCUGUUGAGUCAGGAGCAGUUGCAGCAGCUGCAGCUGGUGCAUCAGGAGCGGCUGCAGCAGGAGCAUUUGCAGCCUCAGGAGCUGCAGCCGGUGCAGCAGGAGCAGCUGUUGAGUCAGGAGCAGUUGCAGCCGCGGCAGCUGCAGCUGUGGCAUCAGGAGCAGUUGCAGCCUCAGGAGCUGCAGCCGGUGCAUCAGGCGCAGUGGCAGCCGCGGGAGCUGCAGCUGUUGCAGCAGAAGCAGUUGCAGCCUCAGGUGGUGCAGCCGUUGCAUCCGGAGCAGUUGCAGGCGCAGGAGCUGCAGCCGUUGCAUCAGGAGCAGCUGUUGCAUCAGGAGCAGUUGCAGCCUCAGGAGCUGUUGCAGCAGGAGCAGUUGCAGCCUCAGGAGCUGUUACAGCAGGAGCAGUUGCAGCCUCGGGAGCUGCAGCCGUUGCAUCAGGAGCGGUUGCAGCCGGAGCGGCUGCAGCCGUUGCACCCGUUGCAGCCGCAUCAGCCGCAUGGGGGGAAGACGCAGCGGCUGCCCCCGGUGUAUAUCUACAGCCCUGAGUAUGUCACUGCCUGCGACUCCCUGUCCAAGGUCCCCAAAAGGGCCAGCAUGGUGCAUUCGUUGAUUGAAGCAUAUGCAUUGCUCAAGUUAAUGAGGGUGGUCAAACCCAAAGUGGCCUCCAUGGAGGAGAUGGCAACCUUUCACACCGAUGCCUAUCUGCAGCACCUCCAGAAGGUCAGCGAGGAAGGGGACGACGAUCACCCGGAAUCGGUAGAAUACGGUCUAGGAUAUGACUGUCCAGCCACUGAAGGGAUAUUUGACUAUGCGGCCGCGGUGAGCGGCGCUACAAUCACUGCUGCCCAGUGCCUGAUUGAUGGAAAAUGCAAAAUCGCCAUUAACUGGGCCGGAGGUUGGCACCACGCGAAAAAAGACGAAGCAUCUGGCUUUUGUUAUCUCAAUGAUGCCGUCUUGGGAAUAUUGCGAUUGCGACGGAAAUUUGGCCGAGUUCUCUACGUGGAUUUGGAUCUACACCACGGGGAUGGUGUGGAAGAUGCCUUCAGCUUCACUUCCAAAGUCAUGACCGUGUCUCUGCACAAAUUCUCACCAGGAUUUUUUCCAGGAACCGGGGACGUGUCUGACAUCGGUUUAGGGAAGGGACGGUACUACAGCGUCAACGUGCCCAUUCAGGAUGGCAUUCAGGAUGAGAAGUAUUACCAAAUCUGCGAGAGUGUAUUGAAGGAGGUGUAUAGAGCCUUCAAUCCAGAAGCCGUGGUUGUGCAGCUGGGGGCCGAUACGAUGGCCGGAGACCCCAUGUGCUCUUUUAACAUGACUCCAGUGGGGAUCGGCAAGUGUCUGAACUACAUCCUAAAGUGGCAGCUGGCUACCCUCGUCCUGGGUGGAGGAGGCUACAACCUCGCCAACACGGCCCGCUGCUGGACAUACUUGACCGGGGUCAUCCUGGGGCGAACACUAUCCUCUGAGAUCCCAGAUCAUGAGUUUUUCACAGAAUAUGGUCCCGAUUACGUGCUGGAGAUCACGCCAAGCUGCCGGCCGGACCGCAACGAACCGCACAAAGUCCAGCAAAUUCUGAAGUCCAUCAGAGAACUUUGUGCCGGCCGUUGGUUUUUUGGAAGUCCGGUUGUGCUCGACAUCGGAAGGCCAGGUCCUUUUUCUGUCUGGAUCUCCAGCUAUUGUAAGCUGGGAUUCGACCGGGCUGGAAAUAGGAAUUGCAAGAUGCUUCCUCUGGAAGGGAAAGGGCGAGUGGCAUUCCAUGAAUCCCAGGAAUGCCUCUGCUUUUGCCAACCCGUCUUUAAUGAGUAUCAGUCUCAGGAAUUUGAAAAGAUGGUGGAGGCAAAGCAGAGUGGAGGAGAAACGGGAACCGGAAAAUCAACCGAAACUGGAAAUGUGCAAGAUGGAUAG